AUGCACUCCAAAGUUGUAAUUAUAGGUUCUGGUCCUGCGGGACAUACGGCAGCACUCUACUUGUCCCGAGCAACCCUAAAACCGGUUAUGUUUGAGGGAUUCCUUGCGAAUGGUUUUGCUCCCGGUGGUCAACUCACUACAACCACUGAAGUUGAAAAUUAUCCCGGUUUUCCUGAUGGUAUAAUGGGUGGAGAAAUGAUGGAUAAAUUCCGACAACAAAGCAUUAAAUUUGGCACAACUAUUCACACAGAAACCAUAUCAAAAAUUGAUAUUUCAACACGUCCAUUUAAGCUUUGGCGUGAAAAUAAUGAAGAUAAAGAUCCUGAUACCGCUGAUGCACUUAUUAUUGCUACUGGCGCUGCUGCAAAAAGACUGAAUCUUCCAGGGGAAGACAAAUAUUGGCAGAAAGGAAUCUCGGCGUGCGCUGUUUGUGAUGGUGCCGUACCUAUUUUCCGCAACAAACCUCUCGCAGUAGUCGGCGGUGGUGAUUCUGCUGCUGAAGAAUCUUUGUUUCUUACAAAAUAUGCGUCUCACGUCUACGUAUUAGUUCGUCGAGAUAAACUUCGUGCUUCAAAAGUUAUGGCAAAUCGAUUAGUUUCUAAUCCAAAAAUUACUGUGUUAUGGAAUACUAUUCCUAGUGAGUGCAAAGGUAAUGGGGAACUACUUAAUAGUUUGGUAACCAAGGAUACCAAAACUGCUGAAAUUAAAGAACUACCUGUAAAUGGUUUGUUUUAUGCUAUUGGCCAUGCGCCAGCUACCGAUUUAGUUAAGGGAAAAUUGGAUUUAGAUGAGGAUGGCUACAUUAUUACAAAACCGGAUAGUACCUGCACAAGUGUAGAAGGUGUUUUCGCUGCGGGUGACGUUCAGGAUAAAAAAUAUAGGCAAGCUAUUACAAGUGCUGGAUCUGGAUGUAUGGCUGCAUUGGAAUGCGAACGUUGGUUGAGCGAACAUUUUGCUGAAUAA